AUGGAAGUUCGCAAGAACAAGUUCUUCAGUGUCCUAAAUAGCCGUGCCUAUGGUCUUGGAGAAGGUUUUGGAGGUGGACGGAGAUUUUCCAUCCACAACAACGUUUUGUUGGGCAUAAAAGAUGUGUAUGACACAUUAGAAGAUGAAUGUGCAAUUACUGCACGUUCUCUCCUAUGUGUUGGUCCGUAUCAUCGCUAUCCAGUACCCUUAGGCUUCGGUUUGAGGUUUCUCAGAGUACUCAAAGCUCUUUCGAUCCGAUUAUAUGAGUUUCCAACGGAAGUUUUGGAACUAGUCCAGUUGAGAUACCUUGCCCUUACGUACACUGGAGAUCUCCCUGGUUCCGUGUCCAAACUCUUUAACCUUCAGUUCUUGAUUAUCCAUCGCCAUCUGAGCAUUAUAUCGAAUCCAUCUCAAUCUUAUGUGCCUCUAGAGAUAUGGGAUAUGCAAGAACUAAAGCAUCUACAGAUAAUGGGAAGCGACCUACAAGAAACUAGUUCUGGCGCGUUCUUGGAAAACCUCCGAACACUUUUAGAUGUGAGCGUUGCUAGCUGUACCAUAGAGGUUCUUCAGAAAAUCUCCAAUCUAGAAAAGCUUGGUAUCCUAAUUGAGUUGGUGCCUGAUGAUGAUGAUGGUGAACCUUUUCAACGUUUGAAUCAAAUUUCUUGUCUUGAUAAACUAAAAUCACUUAAAUGUAUUGUUCUGAAUCCUGAGCUAAAACCCGAGCCCGGGUUUGCUGCCCCUGUUUCGAUGUUCCCAUCGAGCCUAGUAAAGUUGCAUUUGAGCGGGCUGUGCUAUCCUUGGGAAUAUAUGGAUACUGUUGGUUUGUUGCCGAAGCUCCAUGUGCUGAAAUUGAAAUGCUAUGCCUUCCGAGGCCCAAAGUGGGAAGUCGACGACUUCAAAUUCCAAAGGCUUAGGUCCCUCGUGAUCGAGGAUACGGAUUUGGUUGAAUGGAAGGUGGGAAGUGGAUGCUUCUCAAGGCUUAGGCAUAUCAGCAUAAAACAUUGCUACAACUUGGAGGAGUUCCAUUGGGAUUAUGAUUAUUAUUUCAAGGAUGUUGAAGUAGUUGACAGCAACCCUUUAGCAGAAGCUUUUUUUAACCAGAUAAAAGAUAGAAAAGGACGUCGUUUUCUUCGUGUCGGCUUCCAUUCUUCGUGGGAGGACAGGAAACUCAGAUCGUGA